AAUGGAAAACAUUAAAAAAUGUAGAACAAUUUGGCUUCCUUCCGCGGACGAAGCAUUCCUUGAUAUAUGGGGUGAUAAGGCAGUUGAAUUGCGAGGGCCACGCAAGAACUCGCACAUAUAUGCGGAGAUGGCUCAGUCGCUGGUAGCGCUUGGCCAUGAGGUCCGUCCAGUUGACGUGAAAUAUAAAAUCCACAAUUUUACAAUGAAAUAUAGAAAAUGCAAAGCAGAGCAGGGGACAGGAUGUUCUCCUGCUUCUUGGAAGCACUAUCGGAGGGUGCACCAAAUAAUAGGAACGGAUAGAGUGAAUAAUGUUGAUGCGGUCGUGGUCGAUAGUAUAACAGGCUCGAUUGAUUCGCCAGGUCCAUCAAAUUCGCCGAUAUCACCUUCAUUUUCAGCUGCUCCGUCUGCUUCGUUUACAUUUGCGCCAUCAACGUCUCCAGCACUGGACGAAGCUUCCGCACCUGCAGCAAAAACAAAAAAUUCGAACAUACAGGAACUAAACGAAACAAUAAAAACGUGCAUGACAGAAAACAAUAAGUUAACUGCUGAACUUAUUGAAAUUGAAAAAAAAAAGGUUGCUGCAAUUGAGGUAUUGACCAAAAGUGUGUUUUAA